AUGCCUCCUCACCAUGAAAAGCGCCGCCAGCCAUCUAAUGGAUAUGGAAAUGAACACGGAAAUGGACACCCGCGGCGAAGCCAGCCGCGCCUACCACGCGAUAGGCAUCUGAACCCGUUAGAAAAACAUCUUGUCGCUGCGACGGGAGAAUUUGUCGGGACCUUCUUUUUCCUUUUCUUUGGAUAUGCGGGCCACCUCAUGGUACUCGACCAAGGGGCGGCAACAUCGGGUGCGUCGAAGGUGAUCUAUAUCUCGCUUGCCUAUGGCUUCUCACUUCUCGUUACCGUUUGGGCCUUCUACAGGAUUAGUGGAGGAUUGUUUAACCCUGCGGUUACUUUGGGUCUCUGUCUCGGUGGCCAACUACCGUGGGCGCGAGCAGCUUUUUUGAUCCCGACACAGCUGAUCGCAUGCAUGUGUGCGGGUGCCAUAGUAAAAGUCAUGUUUCCCGGUGAUAUUGCAUUAGUGAACACGACGUUGGCUCCCGGGAUGAACUUGGCACAGGGUGUUUUCGCUGAAAUACUCUUCACCUCGUACCUGGUCUUCGUGAUCCUCAUGCUCGCAGCCGAAAAGUCUAAGGACACGUAUUUAGCGCCAUUAGGCAUCGGGUUAGCACUCUUCGUCGCUGAAAUUCCUGGCGUUUUCUACACCGGCGGCUCACUCAACCCGGCACGCAGUCUCGGGUGUGCCGUUGCUGGACCAAGUUUCCCGGGAUACCACUGGAUCUACUGGGUUGGUCCUCUCCUAGGUGCUUUAAUCGCAGCCGGAUACUACCGGUUCGUAAAGAUCUGCCAUUACGAAGAGGCAAAUCCUGGGCAAGAUAACGCAACUGCCCCUCCAGAGGUGUAA